AUGAACUGCAGUAAGUGCAAACACCACUCAUAUUGUCUUCAGAGAGGACUGGGUUAUCUUUUUCAUAGCCAACUGUUAACUUUGCUUUUUUCUCCAUACAGCUGUGUUCACAGAGGUCCCCCAUGACAUCACAGCACAGAGUGGUCAGGACGUGGAGAUGGCGUGCUCUUUCCGGGGGGCAGGCCCCUCCUACUCCCUGGAGAUCCAGUGGUGGUACAUCAGGAACCACAGAGACUGGACAGAGAAACAGCCCUGGGCCACCAAUCAGGUAGCUAGACUGCUCGCUCUCUGUCACUGCUGAUAGAAUAUUGCUGAGGAGGUGUUCUGUGAUCAGUGAUCACAGGGAUGAGGCAGAGGAUGGAUAGGUGGGGAACAGAGUCUUCCUAUUCACCCUCAUUGCAAAAAGCAAUGUAAAUAGCAAAGCAUUAGCAUACAGUAAGUACUGUAGGCUAUGCACACAAACUCCUUUCCUCAGUCCCAAUCUUUAGAGUUUGCCAUCGAGGCACAGCUACAGUAUACAGGUCAGAAUUAGGACCAACUAAUAUAGUACACAGGGCUAAACUGAGUGAGGUGAGCAGCAGGUAACAAACCACACAUGAGUCACUGCAGUAGGCAUAAAUAGCAGCAGGUUCCCCAGGUGCCCCGGAGGCACAGGAACAGAAGAGGAGGCUGAGGAACACAACAGUGGUAGGCCUGAUCACCGACAACGAUGAGACAGCCUAUAGGGAGGAGGUCAGAGACCUGGCCGUGUGGUGCCAGGAUAACAACCUCUCCCUCAACGUGACCAAGACAAAGGAGAUGAUUGUGGACUACAGGAAAAAAAAGAGGACUGAGCAUAGUCACUUUAUCUCUACCCACAUGUACAUAUUACUUCAACUACCUCAACUAGCCGGUGCUCCCGCACAUUGACUCUGCACCGGUACCCCCCUGUAUAUAUAGCCUCCCUACUGUUAUUUUAUUUUACUUCUGUUAUUUUUUUCUCAACACUUUUUUGUUGUUUUAUUUGACUUUUUUAUUAAAAAUAAAUGCACUGUUGGUUAAGGGCUGUAAGUAAGCAUUUCACUGUAAUGUCUACACCUGUUGUAUUCGGCGCAUGUGGCCAAAAAAAAUUGAUUUGAUUUGAAAUAUUUUAUCAGGAGGACUACCUGAGCUGGGCAAUGCAGAGCAGGUUUUCAAUAAGGAUGGAAAGUUUUCCAGGCCUCCUGCUGUCUUUCGACGCUUUUUAAUUGGAAAAUGGAGAAAUGUAAAGAAACUUCCUCUCACCUCACUCAGAGUUAUUAUUCAUGAAGUACCCCUGGAGGACUGGCUGUGUACCCCUGGAGGACACCAUGCCUCCCUUGCUGGAGCGUGGGCCAGGUGGUGCUACUGGCCUAGAAUACUGUACAGGCUGUGUUGUAAUGUAGUCAGGCCUACACUCUUUUCCUGGAUGAACCAUGCCUACAGGAUAAUAUAUUGGUUCCUCUCAGGUUGAAAUGUAUUGCAUACUAUUUUUGGUUUCAAAUUCAUAUUACAAAUGUGUGUUAUACUAAGAAUGUAGAGAUGGGUACCUUGGGGGGAAACACAGGUUUCACCUCUAGAUCUAUUCCUCUGAAUAGAGUGGUGAUUCUCCACUUACCGUAUGCAGACUAUGCACAGAGGAACACUGGGUUUAUGUAAUUUUGAGUCCAGCUGUACCUCUUUGAUGCAAUUACCUGUAAAGUAGGCAUUACUAGGCCCAUUACCUAUGUUCUGCUCUGAUCAAAUUCCCUGGAAGUGGACUCAUCAUUGAUGUAAGGCAUUUUUACGCAAUGGGGAACAUUUUAUAAAAAUAAAAGUAUGUCUAAUGUUUCUCAUUCUUUGAAAUAUUUUUAUUACAGGUUGUACCCCAGGAUGAGAUGUCAAAGGAUGCUACCAAAAUAAGUGUGAGUCUUUACUGCAUUAUAUGUUAUAUCUCCUGCCUGUCUGGCAUCUUUUACACUUUUGUAUUUGUCUUGUUGGUAAUUUAGUGUCCAAUAGAGGCCUCAUUACCAAACCUAUGCAAUAAGUGGUAGGGUUCGGGGAAAAUGUGUGUAUAUAUAUAUAUAUAUAUAUAUAUAUAUAUAUAUAUAUAUAUAUUGGAAAUGAUGCAAACAAUUACAUUGAUGGAAGCCACAAUCUAUCUGCAAUAUUAAAGCUGAUCUACCCCCUAAAAAAAACAAAAUAAAUAAAUAAAACAAAAUAAAAAAACAUAUGCAAUAGAUAUUGCCAUUUCUUGGAAGCUGUGGAAGCUGAAUGUCAGUACACUUGCUUCUGCUACAGUUGUGUGUUUCAGAUCUAUAAAAAGAAUGAGGUUGCAGUGCAGUAAGAUGGUGCAAGGUCUUCUUUUCUUCUCUCAGUAAAGCAUGAAUGCGCCUAACUUUACAACUGCUGUCUUUACAAGUACGAUCUGCUGUCUUAAUAAAAAAAACGAGACUGUGCUCCCUGCUGAAGAAUGAUCAGGGAGUCAACAGUGCUUUUGAUAGCUCAUCUGGCACGGCGUAGUUUGUUGUUGCCACCAGGCUAACUGAGGAAAAUGAUUUGUUAACAGCUAGUUCUAUGCUCGCACAGCGGCUAUUCAGCUUGCUGUGGGUGAAGGAGUAUAAACCAGGUUCUCCCUCUACUCCCUCGUCUCCAGGAAAAGAUGAAGCCUAUCUCUGAUCUGAUGUUUCCUCCCUGGUUCAUUUCCCCAUUGACUAGCUAGCUGCUGCUGACUAACCAUAAUGAAACCACCAGCUGUGGUGUGGAGGAGGAUGCCACUGGGCCAUCGCUCAGCCGGUAAAACGGUGCCGUGGAUUCCAGCCCAGAGACAUCGGUUUCAGCACACAUGGAUGCAUACCAGCCUUUCUUGUUUCCCCACAAGUAUAGCUAAUGGCAUCAACCAGACUGAAAACACCAAUCAGCUUUCUGGCACCUUGUAUAUGGCCUCAGAGUUUAACUAUCUUCAUGUUCUAUUGAUGUUAUGAGAUUAUACUAAACCAUGCAGGCCUACUAACUAUAGUCCUAAAAUAGUAUUUUGGUCUGUAUUAUUGGUCUAAAGGUUGAAUGUGAUUGUGUGAUUUUCUCUAUAAGCUUAGAGGACUCUGGGCUGAUAAUAGAGAUAGACAGCUACAGACAACUCAUUAGCCUUGGGUGCACUACCUGUGUGGGAGGAAGCUAAUAAAGACAACUGGAUUUAUAUCCUGAUGCGUCACAACCAAUGACAUUCCCACAGCAUGUGAUCACUUUGUGUUAUCUAAGAUCUAAGAUAUAUUUUUCACAGCAUUUUAUAAGCCACUGAACUAUUACAUCCUUACCCAGUAAAGGCAUGUUCUGUAUGUACAGCAUGCAUGCAGGGGCACAGCAUCUCCUCAUUUGUUCAAGUGAGCAAAUGGAACAGCUCUCUGCAACAUGGAAACAAAGGGACUGGCGCCUAUGUGAUAGGACAUUGUACUGAGUGUGUGUGUACAUGUGGUGUGUGUGUGUGCCUCCUCACAUGCCCACGCAAUCUGUUUGGUUGCCAGACAGCUUUAUUGACCGCGGGGGCCCGGUGGCAGGACUCCUGACUGGGCUCGGUGGGGCUGCCAGCAUACAGGGGUUGGGGAGGAGGGGCAGCUGCUCUGUAAGUGUUGCACUGUGGUGACGCAGCCAGCAUCUCAUUACAGAGACGGCUGCCAGCCUGGCUCACCCACACCCACGGAUGGUGGGACAGAGAAGGGGGGGGUGCACAAGGAAGUUAUUGUUUUUUGAGCAAAUUGAGUAACAACAAAUACAGACACUGAGCAUUUUCAGAUCUGAAGGAGAAAUUAGGGUUGAGAUAUCAUGAUGGGAUGAUUUAUAGUUUUUGUUUGUAAGGAUCUGAUAGAUAGGGUAUACAGUCAUGGACCAAAAUGUAUAAUUUAACUCUUGGAUGUUGACCAAUGAAACAUCAUUUUGUUGGAAUGUUUUGCAGGUGGUGAAGGUUGCCGGGAGCAACAUCUCCCACAAGCUGCGUCUGUCUUGCGUGAAGCCGUCUGAUGAGGGCACGUACGAGUGCCGCGUGAUCGACUUCAGCGACACUGACAGCUACGCCCGCCACCACAAGGUGAGGGCCUACCUGCAGGUGGAGUCAGACAGAAACCAGAACCCAAAGCUGCGCCACCAUGGGGACAACUUCCAACCCCAGGACACCAAGGGCCUGGCGAGCAGCGGGCACCAGCCGGAGCAUGGCAAGCACUCGCCAGCAGCCCACCACAGCAACCACAAACCAACAGGCACUGGCAGGGAGCUGAGGAAGAGGUCUGCUGAGGCUGACAGCGCUACUGACUGCACUGACAGCUGUCCUCUACACCUCACAGCUCACCCAUAGCCUCCUCUGCCUUUUUCGGUCUGGCCUCAGCCCCACACCCCAGGUGGGUAGUUCCAGUCCCGGAGGGCCGCAGCGCAGUGUACGCAGACCUCUGAUCCAUCCCAGUUGAUUGCUCACCCACCCCUACCCCUGCUCCAGACACCAAAGGGACUAUAUCUCAGUGCCACCUCAGUCCUAUAUCUCUGCCCUCUGCCCUCACACUGUCCCAUCAAAAACAUCCCAAGUCCUCUCCCAGGCCAAACCCUCUCCCACCCCUUCUCUUUACCACAACCCUCUAGAUCAGGGAUGGGCAACAUUGA